AUGGUCAAAGUGUUAGAAAACCGUGCCGUCGACCUCGACAUUGUUCCAGGAUCUAAAGACGGCGGGGAACUGAAAGAUCAGGCCGAUGCUAUCACUGGUCAAGCGACACAAAAUCUCCCUCCCGAAGCCCGCCAGCGAGUCGAAGGCCUUACGCAAGGUGCUACGGGCGUCGGCGCAGAUGCUCUCCAGACCGUUGGUGGGGGCGUGAAAGGCAUUGUCGAUACCGCUGGUAACACUGUCGGUGUCCUCGGCGGCGGCCUCAGCGACACCGUCAGCGGCGUAGCAGGAGGACUCGGCAAGGUUGCCUCUGGCGCGGGACAAACGGCCGCGGCACCUUUCACAUCCGCAGAAACAAAGGAGGGCGGUGAGGGAGCUGCCGACUCUGCGAAGGGCGCGGCGGAUUCUGCGAUUGACACUGCGGGUGAGGCUGGAGGGAAGGCAUCCGAGACUGCAGACGAGGCUGGAGGAAAGAUGUCCGAGACUGCGGGUGAGGCUGGAGGGAAGGCAUCCGAGACUGCAGACGAGGCUGGAGGAAAGGCAUCCGAGACUGCAGGCGAGGCUGGAGGAAAGGUAUCCGAAACUGCGGGUGAGGCUGGAGGAAAGGUAUCUGAGACUGCAGGCGAGGCUGGAGGAAAGGUAUCCGAGGCUGCGGGCAGUGCGAAAGACACGGUUGGGGAUGCCGCUGGGGAAGGACAGAAGAAGCUUGGGUUGUCGGAGUAG